GCCCUGGGACGAAAGCCUCUCCGAUGACAUGGAAGAAAUGAAGCUGAUCCUCCACAUGUGGCUGGCGCUGUUUUAUAGCAAACCGCUCCGAGCGUUGACGGUACGAAAAGUGGUGGAGCACAGCAACCCUGCCAAGUACGUCUCCCUGAACAGUCUGGUCGACCCCUUGGAGCCCAUGGAUGAUGCGGGUGGGCCUUGCGGGUUGGAGAAACGCCCCGCGAGUUCUCUCCCCGAAGCUGUCCAGAUACCUGCCGAAGGAGGGGAAGACGGAUCGGUUUCUCCUUCUGAGAAGCUACUCCCGGGAAACAGACUUUCUUCCACCGACUCCUUAGAGGACGAGAGUCCUCUGACAACACUUGAAGAGAUCAAGGACCUGCUCCAGAAGAAAAAACUGUCUCAUCCUCCUCUAAAGUCCGUUGACGAGGUGGUUGAAGCAGAGCCCAAAGAACAAACCUCACUUCACCCUGUGCUUCCUAUUGAAAACCCGCCUGGAAUCGACGAACGUGUGAACUCUCCGAUCUGUCAAACCGAUACAGGCAGAAGUCAAGAGACUAUGUCAGUUGAAACUUCCCCAAAUGACGCAUCUGUGCCUACGGGACUUCUGGCGGAGGGUUCAAGAAACCAACAGCCCAUCGCAAGCACCGAAGUUGCCGUUUCGGUAGCAAAUAGGGGAACUGACGUUGAGUCUUCUUCCGAAGAAGUGAAGAAGGACAACCUCCCAGCUGGUGAUCCCGACCCAAGAACGUGGAAAGAAGCGGAGUUAAAAGCAGAUGUGAGGUCUCGGGAGCCCACCAAUCCAGGAAACAAAGUGCAAAACCAGCCUAGACUCCGUACGGAUGAGCGAGAUGGAGAAAGCGUGGACUUGGGAUCCAUUGAUCUCGUGCUCUCCAAAAGCAACGAUGCUGACUUGGAAAUCCAAGAUAUGGAUCUGGUUUCAGAGGACGAGGGAGAUCCUGCGGAGAGCAGUGUGAAAGGAAGGGAAGAAACAGAUGGUAUGAGUAAUGACUCAUCCGGACAAGGUCCUCUCUCAUCUAGGGCAUCAUCCCCAGAUGCCUUGUCUGGGCAUCCGACAGAAUUCCCGGGUAUCCAAGAAGCUGCGGUAGAACCAUCCUCAAGUUCUGUAUCUCCAAACCAAAUGGAGUUGAUGGAUAUGGUCCCUCAGCAGAAGGCCUCGUUCCAUCCAGUGACUGUUGAUGAAAAGAUGGUUGGAUCAACCUCAAGUUCUGUAUCUCCAAACCAAAUGGGGUUGAUGGCUUUGGUUCCUCAGCAGAAGGCCUCGUUCCAUCCAGUGACUGUUGAUGAAAAGAUGGUUGGAUCAACCUCAAGUUCUGUAUCUCCAAACCAAAUGGGGUUGAUGGCUUUGGUUCCUCAGCAGGAGAUCUCGUUCCAUCCAGUGACUGUUGAUGAAAAAAUGGUUGGAUCAACCUCAAGUUCUGUAUCUCCAAACCAAAUGGAGUUGAUGGAUAUGGUCCCUCAGCAGAAGGCCUCGUUCCAUCCAGUGACUGUUGAUGAAAAGAUGGUUGCAUCAACCUCAAGUUCUGUAUCUCCAAACCAAAUGGAGUUGAUGGAUACGGUUCCUCAGCAGAAGGCCUCGUUCCAUCCAGUGACUGUUGAUGAAAAGAUGGUUGGAUCAACCUCAAGUUCUGUAUCUCCAAACCAAAUGAGGUUGAUGGAUAUGGUCCCUCAGCAGGAGAUCUCGUUCCAUCCAGUGACUGUUGAUGAAAAAAUGGUUGAAUCAACCUCAAGUUCUGUAUCUCCAAACCAAAUGGAGUUGAUGGCUUUGGUUCCUCAGCAGGAGAUCUCGUUCCAUCCAGUGACUGUUGAUGAAAAAAUGGUUGGAUCAACCUCAAGUUCUGUAUCUCCAAACCAAAUGGAGUUGAUGGAUACGGUUCCUCAGCAGAAGGCCUCGUUCCAUCCAGUGACUGUUGAUGAAAAGAUGGUUGGAUCAACCUCAAGUUCUGUAUCUCCAAACCAAAUGGAGUUGAUGGAUAUGGUCCCUCAGCAGAAGGCCUCGUUCCAUCCAGUGACUGUUGAUGAAAAGAUGGUUGAAUCAACCUCAAGUUCUGUAUCUCCAAACCAAUUGGGGUUGAUGGUUUUGGUUCCUCAGCAGAAGGCCUCGUUCCAUCCAGUGACUGUUGAUGAAAAGAUGGUUGGAUCAACCUCAAGUUCUGUAUCUCCAAACCAAAUGGAGUUGAUGGAUAUGGUCCCUCAGCAGAAGGCCUUGUUCCAUCCAGUGACUGUUGAUGAAAAGAUGGUUGGAUCAACCUCAAGUUCUGUAUCUCCAAACCAAAUGGAGUUGAUGGCUUUGGUUCCUCAGCAGGAGAUCUCGUUCCAUCCAGUGACUGUUGAUGAAAAAAUGGUUGGAUCAACCUCAAGUUCUGUAUCUCCAAACCAAAUGGAGUUGAUGGAUACGGUUCCUCAGCAGAAGGCCUCGUUCCAUCCAGUGACUGUUGAUGAAAAGAUGGUUGGAUCAACCUCAAGUUCUGUAUCUCCAAACCAAAUGGGGUUGAUGGAUACAGUUCCUCAGCAGGACACCUCGUUCCAUCCAGUGACUGUUGAUGAAAAGAUGGUUGGAUCAGCCAUGGAUCCCACGUCUCCAAAACAAACAGACGAGGUGGAGAACUCGCACAACGAAGCAAUCUUAGCCAAUUCAGCUUCCACCGAAGCUUCCGGAGACUUCCCAAACAAUCUAGCAACUCCAGAUGGACCCUUCCAUCAAAGUCCACAGGAACCAGUGGAAAGUCCUAGGGUCCCUAACCAAGUUGAUGUGGUUGACCUUUCCUCAGUUUCCCAGGAAGACGGAAGAAUCCGUUCAUCCUGUCUGCCUUCAUGGCAGGCUAGUCCUGUCCAUCAAGGAGCGUCUGAUGAAGAGCCACCAAGGAUCCAGGAAGACCGUCCCGAGGACCCCCUAUAUCACAUUUUCCAAAAUCCGAUGGGUUUGAUUGAAGAUAUUUCUCAGGAUAGUACAGACUUGGGUGAUCCGGUUGUGUUGCACCUGUGUGAACCAAACGACAACUUGUGUGUGAACUCAGUACCAAACAGUAUAUCAACUCGGCAGGAAUCGGUGGAAAACCAAGACACUUCGGUUGCGUUCGCUCAACGUCUUCCCCUCACCAAAGAAAUGGAUCUGAUUGAAAGUCCUGAAGGAGACCAUCCAGCUAGUCCUGUCCAUCAGGAAACUUCUGAUGAAGCUGCAACAUUGCAGGACGAUUCCGGUGCCAAACUGGAUUUGCUUGAGGAUUCUCCCAUUCCCCAAGAAAAGGAUGUCAUUCACCCAAUAGACGAUGUUUUGGGGCGAGUUAAUGAACCAAGGCUUGCAGAGUCUGAUUUAGGAACUCAAGAGGAACAGAAGAUCAGUCAGGGAGAAAAGAUCCCGGUGGAUUCUCAGCCCGCAAAAGAAUAUCCGAGCUUGGAGUCGCACGAUGCGGAAUCUGAGACUUCCUUCAAGAGUGAAACAUGUCUGGAUCAAGAGAAUAUCAGAGACUUUUCUGCAAGAGAAGAAGAAGAAGCGUCCCCUGAUGACGGCGUUGAAAAACCAACCAUUACGACGACCGCUGUAGCUGAAGAGGUCCACGUUUUAAUGAACGAAUUGGUAGACACGGUGUGCGCCACGAUAGCUCAGAGUGAAGAAAUGAGGGCUCCAAAGAGCUUAGAUUGGAUCGAUUCAGCCAUGCUGGAGAGUGUGACGCCUCCCGUGAGUGACGAUGAAGGUUGUCCAACUGAUCAGGAUCCCCAUGCGGACGUGACAUGGGCGGAGGAAUGUUUAGAAGAGAGUUCCAGCUUUGAUGACCAAGAAGAAGACUUACAAGCCAGGGUAGAAGGACAAGGAGAGUUGGGUUCAUCAUCAAAUGAGAACACAACGUCCGAUCCAGGAGAUGCUUCUGAAAAAGCAGAACUUCAAGGAAAUGAUGCUACCUCAGCUGCCAUGGAGGCCUUCUCAAGUUGUGGCACAAGUCAAGCAGAGCUGGACACAACCAGCCCAAAGAGCAGAUGUUCGUGUCUCAAAACCACUGAGUCCCCAGAUGACUACAGUGCAAAGGCUGAUGACUACAGUGUGUCCACUUUGGAGAAAGUUGGGCAAACAGAGGCUAGUCCAGAAGAACCCAUUUGCAACAGGGAAGACUAUUCUAGAGGAGAAGAUGUGGGGAACUUGUCCUUUGUCCCAGCAAAAUGUCAGGAGGACUCUUUGGCAGAAGAACCUGGCUCUUUGGUUGACCGAGAUUCAAACGAAACUCCAGAGGAUCGUGAAGAAGAGGCCCAAGAAGAAACAAAGGGGUGUCUGGGAAGUCUGGAAGACCCUCUACCUGACGAAAGGACACAGAUGUCCACCAGUUCUUCAGGCACGGACACAGACUGGGAAGAUGAAUCUCUGACAGUGGAUGGCGGCCAAGAUCCCUGCGUAGAUUGGUAUCCCAAAAAAACAUUGGAGAGUUGGUGUCAACCAAGAUUCAAGGCCUCCCCAAGCAUUGAAUCCGAGUUAACCCGUAGUUCAGGUCCUGGGAACGAUCCUUGUAAAGAUGGAGAUUGGGUGUCCUCAGAAGCUAGCCAGAAGACGUCAGAUGCCAGGUCCAUGAAACGCAACGUUCCUUUUGGUUUAAAAAAAGAUUGCUUAUGGUCUCGUGACAUGGACCAUAAGCCCGAGCCCUUCAAGGAUUAUAUCAAUUUCUCCAUCACCAAGAAGCACAAGGAGAAAAGCAGGACUUUCCAUGCAGUCUCCAAAGAGCACAACCCUUUCUCCAGAGAUUUGGGGUCCAUCAACUCCUGGAGCAGGAACUGUGGUUUUCUGAGCGACCCGAUUCAGAACAUUUUAGACGUGGAAUCCCUGCAGUUCCAUUGCAGGAUCCAGGGACUCCUGAAGAGAUCACAACGUUCUACCUCCCGUGUUCUUCCCAGCAAGAAGGUCCCACUUCAACGGAUAGCGGAAAGGUGGCCAUCCAGGACGGUCUCGGAAGAGACAAAUGCUAGGUUUCCAACCAGAAGCAAAAGUCCACUACUGGUCACCGUUGUCAACCCAAAUCCAAGGACCGGGCGCCAAUACGAUAACAUCUGCCGCCCGUUUCCAGCCAGCCUGGAUCCCUUUGUCCCAGCCGCUGUGCCGAAGAGUCAAGGCGGACUCGGUCCAAAAUCUCCCUUCCCUUCUUUGCAUCUCCAGAAAUUGACCUACCAUAAGCUAAACAGUUUUUCCCGGGAUAUCUCGUCCGUUCUCGAAGACUUUGCCGAAUUCAGCCGGGCGAUGAACUUGGAGAGCACGCGGACGUGCAAUCCCGGGAGAGACCUCACUGCUACCUCAGGAAAGGCGGGCGAGAUACGGUACCCGCCUCGACCUCCCACGCCGCUCGUCUACGAGGACCUUCUCGCCGACCUGCGCAACGCACUACAUUUCCAGCUGAAAAACGUGGCCCAGGAAGCGUGCCGAAAACCCUUCUCGUUCUACUUGAUGGAAACGGAGGACGACCCGUUCUUCGGGAGAGUAAAGAAUUUGCUGAGGAAAGGUGGCCACUCCGAAGUGGAUCUACUGCAGUUCUGCAAAGGAAGCGGCAUGGAAACGGAGAACCUGAUGGUCAUCGUUCGAAACGAGGACAUUUUCUUACACAUCCACAAAGUCCCUUUCUUGCUGCGUCUCAAACGCUGCCCCAAUGUGACUUUUGCUGGGCUGGACCGCCCCGAAGACUCCCUGGACCACACCUACCAGGAGCUCUUCCACAGCGGAGGCUUUGUGGUGUCCGAUGACAACGUGCUUGCAGGGAUGACCAUAGGGGAGCUGAAAGACGUGAUCAAAACCCUGGAGAAACUCAACGGCCACGGGAGAUGGAAGUGGUUCCUUCACUACCGAGAAUCCAAGAAGCUGAAGGAAGAUGCCAGGGGGGAUCCUGCCGCGUACACCAAGGAAUCGGUCCUGAAAUCCUGCCAGGUGGCCAACAUGACGGAAGUCCUCCACUACCACAAGUGUGACUCCAGAUCGUGCACGAGAUUUGAGCGCUUCAACUGCCUGUUGAACUUGCAAAUUCAACACAUCACCAAGAGGUUCGGCGUAUUUCUCACAGAAAACGCCAGCGCUAACCGGGAAGCCUUGGAGGACAAAGGCAUUUUCGGCUUGAACAUCACCGACUUCAUCGCCAUCGCGCAAGGCUUGGUGGCGCCGUUUGGAAGCGGCUUCUGGUAACCAGGAUAAACCGCCUUCUGCCUUCUUGCAACCAGCCAGGGAUCGCAACGCCAAACCCGAUUUGUCUGUCGGUUCCCGGAAACACCAGACUCGGGUCCCCCUUAAGCAGCCGAGACUCCCGUACGAGGUCAAGCGGACGGGCCUCCCUCCCUCCCUCCCUCCCCAGGCCGGUUUUAUUUCGGGGCCGUGGCAAGAUGGCUUGGGAAAGGGGCGUUGUUUUCUUUAAACACAACGAGGAACCUCAAAAAGGAAAAUGCAUUUUGACGUUCUCGACUCUUUCUGAAUAGGAAAAGCAAAGCAUAGGAAUCUGGGAUUCUCCAUUGUGCAGCUCAGUAUCACAUAGGAAAAUUUAAAAAAAAUAAAUAAAUCUGUUUACUUGAAGGGUUACAUAUCAGUUGACCUCAACCCAACACUUCAGACACAUGGUUGGGUACACUCCGAAAGUGGGUGUGUGGUGGGGGUGUUGAGUGUUGCAUAAGCACUGUGUUAGGCAGGGGUGUCCAAUUCCCCAGCCGGUGGACCUCAACUCCCAGAAUCCCCCAUCCAUUGAAGUUCCAAUUCCCAGAAUCCCCCAUCCAUUGAACUUCCAACUCCCAGAAUCCCCCAUCCAUUGAACUUCCAACUCCCAGAAUCCCCCAUCCAUUGAAGUUCCAAUUCCCAGAAUCCCCCAUCCAUUGAAGUUCCAAUUCCCAGAAUCCCCCAUCCAUUGAAGUUCCAAUUCCCAGAAUCCUCCAUCCAUUGGACUCCCAGAAUCCCCCAUCCAUUGAACUUCCAACUCCCAGAAUUCCCUAUCCAUUGAAGUUCCAAUUCCCAGAAUCCUCCAUCCAUUGAACUUCCAGCUCCCAGAAUUCCCCAUCCAUUGAACUUCCAACUCCCAGAAUUCCCCAUCCAUUGAACUUCCAAUUCCCAGAAUCCUCCAUCCAUUGAACUCCCAGAAUCCCCCAUUCAUUG